AUGGACGGGCUCCUCGGAAAGGCUGUCGGCAAGGUGUUGGGUGGUGACGAUGAGCGACCCCAGGGCCUCCAGCAAGGAGGCGGUAACCUGACCCACGGCGGCGCCUACCCCGCCGGCGGCGGUUACCCGCACGACGACGACGAUGACCUGCGCGGGGCGGCCUCCAUCGCCGCCAAGGAAGCACCAGAGGACCAGAGCUUCUUCGACGACAUCCUGGGCAAGCUGCUCCAAGACAAGCCCAAAGCCAAGCUCGAGGAGGAGGAUCUCGACGAGGAUGACGCCGUCCAAUCCCACCGCCAAUUCUUCGGCUUCGGCGGCGACUCCGGCGCCGCUCAACCGACCCCCGCGUCCACCUCGUCCCUCGGCAGCGCCGCCGCCAUGCAGGCCCUCAAGAUGUUCACGUCGUCGGACGCGGGCGCGGCCGCCCCGCCGCAGAGCCAGAACGCCUUUGUCGGGCUGGCCAUGGCCCAGGCCGCGAAGCUGUUCGAUGCGCAGGCCUCGCAGGGUAAUGUCGAGGCUGGUGCCGAUAAGCAGAGCGCGGUGAGGAAGGCGGGCGAGAUGGCGUUGAAGAUGUACUUGAAGAGUAAAGGGGGUGCUGCAGGGGGUGCGGGUGUGGGGGGGAUGGGCGGGUUGUUGGAUAUGGCGGGGAAGUUUAUGAAAUGA